AUGUUGAACGUGGCACGGUUCUCGACACUGGCCUCGCUGCCGGCACUGGCCGCGACAUUGAUCGCUCUCCCUUUCUUCGCCUUCCUGGGCUUCUAUCUGUGGGUGACUCCAAGCUCUUUCAAGGACAGUCGGCGGAAGAAACUGCCUCCUGGGCCACGCGGGCUCCCUUUCCUAGGAAACUAUCUCGACCUCGCCAAAGCCGACACGUUCAGAUUCCAAGUGCAACAAUGGGCUCGGCAGUAUGGAGAAAUCUGGUACACCAAGAUGGGUGGCUCCGAUUACAUUUGGCUUUCGUCACCUAGGACUGUAAAGGAGUUGAUGGACAAGCGGUCGUCUAUCUACUCCUCGCGCCCGCCCACGCCGCUGGCGGGUGACACGGCCUCGGCAGGAAGGCGACAGUUGUUCAUGGCUUACGGACCAGCCUAUCGCGUUGUUCGCAAGAUCUCACACUCGCUGCUGAGCAUUACUGUCUCUACAAGCUAUCAGCCCAUCCAGGAUCUUGAGUCAAAACAACUCAUGUACGACCUUCUGCACGAUCCAGACCACUUUUACGAUCACAAUCGGCGGUACUCAUCAAGCGUGAUCCUCACCGCCACCUACGGCCAUCGAAUGCCCAACUGGGACGCCGAGAUCGUCAAGAACAUCUACAAAGUCAUCAACAACCUGCAGAACUUUGCCACGCCCGGCAUGUGGCUGGUGGACACGUUCCCUGAGCUGGCCCAAUUCCCAUCGUGGAUGUUUGGCAACUGGCGUGCUUUCGGCAAGAAAUGCUUUGAGCACGACUCGCCUAUCUAUCUGAAGCUGUGGCGGAACAUGAAGCAAGAAGUGGAUGAAGGGCGCGCCAACCCUUGCUUUGCGCGCGACUUCUAUCUGUCGGAACCCGAAAAGCAGGGUCUUGACGAACUUCAGGCCGCUUAUCAGACUGGAGGUCUGGUAGAGGCCGGCUCGGAGACGACUUCAGCUUUCCUCAACUCAUGGAUCCUUGCUAUGCUUCGCAACCCGAGAGUCUUCAAGAAGGCGCAGGAAGAAGUCGAUCGUGUUGUUGGACCCAACCGCCUGCCGGACUGGGCGGAUGAAAAGGAUUUGCCUUACUUGCGUGCUACAAUCAAGGAGUUGCUGCGAACCCGGCCACCAAACAAGAUCGGUAUUCAGCACUCCACGACCGAAGAUGACUGGUUUGAGGGUUACUUUAUACCUAAAGGUUCAGUUGUCAUGUUAGAUUGGUGGUCCAUCAACAACGACCCUUCGCACUGGGAGAAGCCGGAAGAGUUCAUGCCCGAACGAUAUCUGAAUCACCCUCUGGCCGCCGCCGCGUACCUUAAUGCAGCCGAUCCCAAUGAUCGAGAUCACUUCUCAUACGGCGCCGGACGACGAGUGUGUCCAGGGGUUCAUCUCGCAGAGAAAAGCCUGUUCCUCAACAUCUCACGAGUCCUGUGGGCCUUUGAUCUGUCCAAGAAGAAGAAUGCACAAGGUGACGUGAUCGAACCGGAGGCCGGCAUGGUGCCGGGCUGGAUGACCAUUCCUCUCCCUUUCGUUUGUGAGAUACGUUGUCGGAGCAACGAGAAGAAAGAGCUGAUUGAGACGAUCUGGUACGAGGCGAGGAAAGGCCUUAAGGCGGACGGCGACAUUCCUGACGGGCAAAGCCACAAGCGGUAG